CAUACAAUAUAUUUAAUAUUUAAAUACAAAAUAUAUUAUAUACAUAUACCGUAUUUUUUGCUCCAUAAGACUCACUUUUUUCCCCCCAAAAAAUGGGGGAAAAUGUCUGUGCGUUUUAUGGAGUGAAUAUGGAGCGGCUGGCCCGAUAUUCCCCCCGUGUUAGAAUACCAGGCCGGCCGCUCGGCUCUUCUCUGCAGACCUCCAGCAGUCCUACCUGUUCCUCUGUCCAGCGAUGUCCUCAGUCUUCUCUCCCUGGCGCCGGCAUGGGCAACUGGCUGUGACACCUUGCGGCUUUACAGCCGGGUACCCACUGCAAAUGCACGAGAAGUGGCCCUGUAAUCUUCUGGGACCUGUCACAUGUCCCAGAAGAUUAUGGGGAUGGAGGGGGGAAGGACAACUCCACAGAAGUGGGAGUGGGUACCUUCUCUGGUCAUCUCCUGUACUAUGUUCGCAGUCUCUGGUCAUCUCCUGUACUAUGUUCACAGUCUCUGGUCAUCUCCUGUACUAUGUUCGCAGUCUCUGGUCAUCUCCUGUACUAUGUUCGCAGUCUCUGGUCAUCUCCUGUACUAUGACCACAGUCUCUGGUCAUCUCCUGUACUAUGACCACAGUCUCUGGUCAUCUCUUGUAGCAUAUCCGCAGUCUCUGGUCAUCUUCUGUACUGUGUCUGCAGUCUCUGGUCAUCUCCUGUACUAUGUCCACAGUCUCUGGUCAUCUCCUGUAGUAUAUCAGCAGUCUCUGGUCAUCUCCUUUAGUAUAUCAGCAGUCUCUGGUCAUCUCCUGUACUGUGUCCACAGUCUCUGG